CCCACUCUUCAAAAUUCCACCCGCCGGCGCAAAAAGCGCGUUUUUAUUUUAGUAAUGAAGUAAUCCUCAACAGGACACGGAGAUGGAAACGGAAAUGGAAGUUUAGUAAAGCCUAUGAGUUCCCCGGGCAGAUUGGCAACGAUGACAGCAGUUCACAGGUGGCCGUAAGAUCUGCAACUCCACCUUCCUCCUCUUCUGUUUUCAGUCCAAAGUCGUCAGCAUCUCUCUCUCUGGGCAGCAUUGAUGCAGGAGAGAGAACAAUAACAAUGAGCAAAGUCUCUGUGAUCUUAUACAUUUCAGUGGCCCUUCUCCUCCUCUUCCUCAUCUCUCACUCCCCCAAAAAACCCCCCAACCACCGCCGCUCUCGCCUCAAGCUCCGCUCCUCCUUCUCUUUCUUCGCCGACAAGCACCACCACGAUCACGCCGCCCCCUUCGACCCCCUCGUCGCCGACAUCGAGCGCCGCCGUGAAGACAAGCAGCGCGAGAAGCUCUAUUUCGAGCACGCCCACCCGGAGCUCGUCCAGGACGCACCCGGCGAAGAGUCCCAGCCCGACUGGGAGGACUUUAUGGACGCCGAGGAUUACUUGAACGACGAGGAGCGAUUCAAUAUCACCAAUAGGUUGGCUCUGCUGUUCCCCAAGAUCGAUGUUGACCCGCCGGAUGGGUUUGUGAGCGAGGAAGAGCUCACCGGGUGGAACUUGAAGCAGACGCAAACGGAGGUCAUGCAUCGGACCGAGAAGGAGUUGGAGCUUCACGAUAAGAACCGGGAUGGGUUUGUUUCGUUUGCGGAGUACGACCCGCCCAGUUGGGUUCGAAGUUCAGAUAAUAAUUCUUUUGGAUAUGACAUGGGUUGGUGGAAGGAGGAGCACUUCAAUGCAUCGGAUAUGGAUGAAGAUGGACUUUUGAAUGUAACAGAGUUCAAUGACUUUCUGCACCCUGCUGACAGCAAAAAUCCAAAGCUACUUCAUUGGUUGUGCAAAGAGGAAUUGAGGGAACGGGAUACAGACAAAGAUGGGAAGGUUAACUUCAAGGAAUUUUUCCAUGGGCUAUUUGACAUGGUUAGGAACUACGAUAAAGCAGAAAAUUCUUCACACCAUGAUGAUAGUUCAAGGGACGCCCCUGCUCAAAUGCUUUUUUCUCAGCUUGACAAAGAUGAUGAUGGAUUCUUAUCAGAAAUAGAAUUACUACCAAUAAUUGGGAAGCUCCAUCCAUCGGAGCAUUAUUAUGCGAAACAACAGGCAGAUUACAUAAUAUCGCAGGCGGAUACAGACAAAGAUGGACGUCUAACCCUAAGAGAGAUGAUUGAGAAUCCAUAUGUAUUUUAUAGUGCUAUCUUCAAUGAUGACGAGGAAGAUUAUGAGUCCCAUGACGAGUUCCGUUAGUUUAGUUUUAGGAUAGAAUGGAAAGCUGUCAAAUUCUUUUUUCUUCAAUAGUUUUACGACAUUUACCCUGGAUAUGGAGUGUUGACUUCAUAUGGUGAGGGUUUUUUAUUUUUUGAGUAUCUGUUCUCUCUCUCUCUCUCACAGUUAUGUUGCUCCCGUUACAGAUUGUGGUUUGAACUGUUCUGAAGGGCAUCCACUAUUUGAUGAUGGUUGGAACAUUAUCGUGGGUGGAUAAAUUUUUUGGGAUUUUUAAGCAUUGGAUUCUUGAAGUUGGCUUAUGUUCUUAUUUUCUUGACAGUAAUGUACUAUAGAACAACAAUCAUCCCCACUGUUUAACAUGAAGUGUUAUGGUUUGAUGGAUGCAAGCGGGGCAAACAGCGAAUACCGGUCCAAUGAACUGUAAGCUUCUUGACAAGUGGACGUGUUAGAAGCCAGGUCACAUGUAUCCAUUUUGUUUACUUAUAUUUCUUCUGCACAAUUUUAAAAUUAUGGAUCUCACCCCCAACCCCAAGAUAUGCAUGUACCAGUUAUAGUGAGUAUAUUGUGUCUUCUAGGAUUUUAACAAUCCUGCUUAAAGAAUUUGAAGAUGGGAAGGGAAGGGGCCCUUGGAAUGUCAAUAUUUUUCAAGUGUUUCACCUA